CUCUUAUUCAAUCAGCCUUCCUGGUAGGAAAGUUGACCCCCUUCGUCUAUUGAUACUACCCAGUAGUACAUACAUAGCUAUUUCAGAAGCAUAUUGCCAUACGUCUCAUCGUUGAGGAAAUAUUAAAGAUGGCGUCAAACACAGCAACUUAUUACCAUCGCCGCUCCACUUCUACUUCUUCCUCAUUGUCCAUGAGUCUAUCGGAUCGUCUAGAUCAGGUACGAGGCCAGAAUAACAACCACAACGCUGAUCAAGGUCUGACCUGCCCUGGUUGUGCGGGGAGGUUUGUUAGCGGGGCAUCAUGGAUGCAGCACGUCCAAAGAAACCGUUGCUCCCGUAUAGACCCAUCGGAUAUCUCUACUGGAUUUGAUGAUGCUAUAGAGGCAUCGGUGAAUCAUCUGCGCGAACUUAUCCUAAGUUACGAUGGAAAACCGGAGUUCCUUGUGCCAUCACACAUCACUGAUGUUUGGGGAAAUGGCUCAAAAGAUGAGGCCGGCGUCUAUCCAUUUGCUUUCAGUCAAUAUGCAGAGUCUCUCCAGCUACUCACGAACGAAGAGUACGCUUGUGGCGAUUCCAAGGUGCCCGAUCUCCUAACGGGACAGACUGCUCGCGCUCUUGACCAGCCCCCGGACAACGCUUCGGCUCAGAAGAAUAUCACUGCGGAGGGGCACAGCUGCGAUCCCAAUGACCCUACCUUCAACGUGGCCGCAUUCAAGGUUGAGCUAUUAGAUGUGUACAAGUGUCCCUAUAAAAAUUGCAAUUCUAAAUACAAGUAUGGUAAAGGUUUGAUCGCUCACCUAAAAUCUACGACCCACACUACACCAAAGUUUAGAUGCCCGGGAUGCCAAGGUCAAUUUAAGUCCGCUAUUUCCUGGGUCCAGCAUGCAGAAACUGUCAGCAGCGAGAAUUGCACCAUUCGACGAACGCCCUUUUACGAAGCGGUAUUGAAGCAGAUGACUGCUGGUGCCUUGACUGUUGGCAGCUUUGACACCCUGACCAUGACGGUCAAAGUCAAAAUCGACGAAACUUGGGCGGAGUCUAAUCUCUCCCGCAUGUCAAGUCUGCUAGAUUCGGAUGAGCCAGACCGUGCUUGGUACUGUUCACCCCAGAAAGAAGAUGGGCUAUUCUAAUGUCGACGAUGCCAUGAAGAAUGUAGGGCUUCUAGAAGAAUCAGAAGUCACAAGGCCCAGACGAAUUAUGCAAUGACUGCAAAGUUUAAUGAGGCCGUUUACUACUCAAAUUUGAAAGGAACUGUCAUUAGAUGACAUUUGGCCAGAUCUCCGGGCAAUAUGAUGGUUGCCCUUACACAAUCAAAACUCUUGGCUUUGCCUACCAACGCAUCUAAUCUGCACCGAC